GGAGGGAGAGAGGGAGGAGAAGAAGGAGAUCGGCGUAGGCGCGUGCGGGUAGCUGCUGAAGUCGUCAGCAUGGCGGAACCCGCAGACGGGGCAGGUUUGGAGGCGGCCUCGGAGGGGCUCCUGCUGGUGGCAGCCGGCGAUGAGGAGGGGGCCGCGGAGGAGAUCGUGGAGGUGGUGGACCUUGAGGCGCCUGGACCCGGUAAAGAGGCGAGGGACUGGGCGGCUGGGACGGGGACUUGGGAUCGAGGUCCUUUUCCAGGGACUUUUGCAGAGGAAAACGUGACCACCCUGAAAAGUAGUAAGAGGGCUGACCGGUUAGGUGUCAUCAUCCCCAUCCUCAUUAUCGCCACUCAGUCUGUCAGAUUUAUUUGUUAGGAGACUUUGGUCAUCACUAAACUACAGCCUAGCUGAUAGCGAAACAUUUUAACAUAAAUGACCCCCUAGCACGCUGGACCUCGUUUUGUGCAAUAAAUCAUUGGUUCAUCCGUUGGGUGCCUAGAGCAAUCCUAGAAACCUUAUAUGUAAUAUACUAUAUUUAUGCCUGUCAAGUAGUAAAUCGCACGCUUUCUCCCUAAUGUUAAAAAGAAGAGGAAACUGGCCCUUGAAUCUUUUUCACAACCCAUCCCUAGGGGAAUUAUACAGGAAACAGUAUAAUACACUGUGAACAAUCUUUUGGUCACAGAUGCACAUACAUUUACCGAUAUUCUGGUGUUCACCAACAUCUUUGUUAUUUAUACACCCAGAGACAGGAUGGAUUUAGAGCUGGCCGCUUGGAGGUGCUCUAGCUCAAGAAUAUUACAAAGACAGGUCCCUACCCCAAGAGGCUUACAAGAAUGGACACAGUGAAACAAGAGGGAAAGGAGGGAAAUGGAGUCAUGGGAAAUAUAUGUGAUUAUUUCAGUUGCAUGCUGUUUGGCUUUGGGAACAAUUCUGUGUGCAAGAAGCUGCCAUAAAGUAAGCUGAUGUAAAUUAAGCCAGCAUAAAGUUACACUAGGUCCAAACAUCAUGGGGCAUUGGGGGGCAGCUUUCUGCCUGAGCUUGGUAGAGAGAAAACAAGCAUUUAAAGUAGUGUUUUAUGCUGGGUUGCUAGGUCACAUGACUGAGCUGAAUGGGCUUAGGGUGCAGUCCAAAUUCUGCCCCCUCAUCACACCUUUUGAGGGACUUAUAUUGGCCUUAGCUCUCGUGACUGAGCCAGAAUGAGCAAGGUACACUGGCUUAUCUUUGGCUGAGCUAGGGUUGGCUCUAAGGUGACCCACUGCUUCCUAUGUUGCUCAUCCUGGUGGAUUUUGCCAUAGGAUUGCUGCCUUUAAAAAAUGUAUAGGUACAAAGCAGGUGAUGGAGUAGCAAUCACAGGGGGAAUGGGAGAAGGGGAGCUGUUUGGAGGCAAUGAAUAAGAGAACAGAGAGGGAGGAUGGGGUCCAUAAUUAUCAAAACCGAUGUCUCAUGUAGGUUAGGGAAGGCUAUUAUGCAUUACAAUCUAUAAUUUGACAUAGGAAUAUAAUUGAGAGGCUCAGGUUCUAGUGACAGCAGCAUUUCAGACCACAUAGAGUGGAAGGGGCACAGGAGAUUAGGGUUGGUGAUUUCUACAACUUGUCUGAAUCCUUUGCGACUAUGACUUACUGGCACUUAGCUGUGGACUGAGGUUGGCAGUUUACCAUGUAAGGUUCAUUCUUCUCCUCUAAACAGGAUGGUGAGCUCACACAGAGAUGCCGCAGUUUAGCACACCUGCUUUUACUUACUAUGCUGGGUUGGUGGGGGGAACCUUCAUGCUGACUGGCUUUGUAAAAUAGCAUUGCUUUGUUUGCUUCUGCAGAUGAUCUGGCUGAUGAAAUGGAAGAUGUGGAUUUAGAUGAAGAGGAGGCUGCUUGGGAGGAUGUUGAGGCAGAGGAAGGCAUGGAGGCCCAAGAUGACAGUGAGGUCACGUUCUCCAAACACACGGGUGAGCUGGUAGAGGAAUGAGAGUAGGCAUAUCAUUCAUUAUCUAGUGCCCCAGGUUUGGGCCUACCUAUUCUGUGCCUAUUUUGUGGCUCGGCAAGACUACUUUAUUAUUAUUUGCUAAAGAAACCUGGUUGAUAAAGGAUUUAACCAUCUCUUUGUCAGUGGCUAGCAUGGUAUUCCAUUGGUGGGUUGCUGACGCAAGGUCACACUAGCCGGUGAGCCUGCUUUCUACUUUAAGUCCCAGCCCUGCUAAUUUAAAGCCAGGGUUGGUGAUGUGAAUCAUCUCUGCUGGUAUUUUCCAAGAUGGUGCUCUUCCAUGUUUUUCUUUUACCUUAAAAGGGCCAGGUGCCCUUGAGCAAGGAAUGGAGGGGAAGCACCUGUGCAUUCUCUAUAGUGCUGCGCUGUUGUGGCUACAGGAUGGUGCUGUUUCAGCUGAGAGUGUGCUUCACUUUCACUCUUCUUUCCUUAACGUUUUGCUGGGAGAGAGCAACACAGUUAUGCCCCAGUCAAGAAUGGGGAACUUGUGUCCCUCCAGAUAUUGUUGGAUUCCCAGCUUCCAUCAGCUCCCAGCCAGCAUGGUCAAUGAUGAUAUUUGGAGGGUGGCAGGUUUUGCAUCUCUGAUCCUUUCGGUUCCUCUUGUUUGGAUGCCCACAAUAGGACUGUGAGUGUGUGAGAGAGGUAUGUCUGGCUUCUGUCGCUAACAUUGUUCUGUUUGUUCCCCCUAGCAUCUGUUUUCUGCGUCAGUCUUGACCCCAAGACCAACACACUGGCAGUGACAGGCGGUGAAGAUGACAAGGCUUUUGUGUGGCGCCUCAGUGAUGGUGAGCUCCUCUUUGAAUGCUCAGGUGAGUCUCUUCUGGGUAAUGCCUUUCAACUCUAAUGCCAAUAUUUGAAUUGCUUUGUGUUGCUGGGGUCAGCAUGAAACAGUUUUAACAACAAAUAUUUCCCUCUAUCUUGGAUAGCCCUGGGGAUAAAGUGAUCCAUAUCUAAAAAUCUGUAUCUAGGAAACUCUUCAGCUGGUGAUUUGGAUAGGAAGGUGUAGCAAUGGAAAACAUCUAUAUUUCUGAGGUGACUGAAUAUCCCCUCCUUUUACUUCUGGCAUUGAAAGGACUGCCUGCAGAUUGCCAUAUGUGGAUAACUCCACAUUAAGGGUAUACUCUAUAAUGGCCCUGCUCUACUGAAGAAAUAAUAAUUCCAACAGGGCUGGGGCACCUGUGGGCUUUGAAUGUUGUUGGACUACAACACUCAUCAUUGUUGACCAUUAGCAAUGGUGGCUGGGGUUCACGGGAGUUAGAGCCUGAAAGAGCCAUAUAUAUCCUGCCUGCACCAUGAUUAUUUUCAGGACUGUUCAUUGUGUUGAGGCAGGAUGUGUGUGAUAUUAUUGAGCUCCCUGGGGGAACAGCAGGACACUAAUACUUCCGCUGUUGCAAACACAUAUAUAGCUAUAUGGUGCUUUACAGUGUCCAGAGCACUCUCUCUGCAUUAUCUUUCACAACAACAAACCUGUAAGGUAGAUUAGUAUUAUCACCCUGAUGUUGCAAAUGCUGGCAGGGAGUGGGUUGAGGCUGUGAGAGAAUGAUGUAGAGAAAGAUGGUGGCUUUCCUGCAGGCCACGAAGUGCGUUCAUGGCAAAGGAGAGAUAUCAGGCACUUCCUGGUAUGCUAUCUUGCUUAUCUUGAAGGACUCUCCAUUGAACUUAAUGGGAUUGAUUUCCGAAUAUGCAUGUUCUUGUUCUUUUCAUUAUCGCCAGGACACAAAGAUUCCGUCACUUGUGCUGGUUUCAGCCAUGAUUCCACAUUCGUGGCCACAGGUGACAUGAGUGGACUGAUAAAAGUCUGGCGGGUAGAUGCCAAAGAGGAGAUCUGGUCUUUCGAAGCGGGUGACUUGGAGGUGAGAAAUGGGGCCUAUAAAUUCCAGGGCAAAAGUUUCACCAUGAGAAGAUUUCCCAGUGGAAAGCAUGACCACUGUCUUGAUUCUAGGGAGAAAACUGUGAGAUAAUUCAGAUAAAUUAUUUCCUCUGACAGAAAUGCAAUGCUUUAUAGGCCUGACAUUUGGAAUAUUCCAUUUGGAACAGUUUCUAAUUUGGUUGGGUGCAACAAUGUAAUAUGGAACAAACUGAUGCUUUCUGUGCAAGCUACAGUGUUACGAUUGCUACAACAAGGCUGUCAGUUUUGCUCAUUUGUGUUCUUUGCCACUCUGCCGUAGUCAUACAAAGGCUCACAAAACCACAUGGCAACGUCAUAGCGUGCCAAUUGCACAACCUAUAUGUUAGGUUGCAGUCGUAAGCAAGGCGUACUGGUGAGAUGGUGUGAUGUGGUGGCUAAAGAGUGGGAGCUAGGAGGCUGGAAGUCUCCAGCUGCAAUCUCGCCUUGGCUGCAGAUUUGCUAGGUAAUGUUAGACAAGCUCCCAUCUCAGCCUUGGCCCCUUCUCCAUCUCCCCUGUUGGCAUUGUAUGGGGACCUCUCUUAAAGUGUGGUUGCACGGAAUACUGAGAAGAGCAUAUGGGAAGCUAUUUUCACCAUCUCAAGUGUUAUAUAAAUGCUAUACAUUAAACGUUUGGGGUACAUAUUUAAGAGUUGGCUGUUGGAUAACUUUUGCACAGUGAGAAAGAAUUUGUUGGUCAUGUGCAAAGCAGCAGGCUCCUUUCUGGUAUUGCUUAGUUCCCAGCUUUCUCCUAGUUUAGCUUAGCUUUGUCUUUCUCUUCUUGACCCCAGUGGAUGGAGUGGCACCCUCAGUCCCAUGUCCUUCUGGCUGGCACUGCUGAUGGCAACUCCUGGAUGUGGAAGAUACCUAGUGGAGAGUGCAAGACCUUCCAAGGCCCGUCCUGUCCAGCUACGUGUGGUCAUGUCCUUCCUGAUGGUGAGGAGCAGGGCUUGCGAUGUGGGGAUGAGCUUGCAGAAUUGUUAUAGGCGUGGCACUGUCCAAUGGCAGAAUAUGUCGGCUUGGUUCACCCAUGAUGCUAAAGCAUGGUUUGUUUGUUUGUUAUAUUUAUACCCCACCUUUCCUCCAAGGAGCUCAAGGUGGUCUACACAGUUCUCCCCUUCUUCAUUUAAUCCACACAAUCCUGUGAGGUAGGUUAGGCUAAGAGACAGUGACUGGCCCAGUGUCACCCAGUGAGCUUCAAGGCUCAGUAGGGGAUGUAAACUCUGGUCUCUCGGGUCCUAGUCCAACACUCUAAUCCCUGCACCACACUGGCUUAUUGGUUGGUUGAAUCUUUGAACCCAGCGAACAGAGCAACCAUGGUUUGUGUUUUGGCAACUUACAACUCCUGGCCGUUUUAACUAUGAUUUUGUGUUAUGCCUGAACCCAGCAGCAUUGCUUAAUCAGUUUUUCAGCCACUCCAUCCCAGAUACUGGCCAAGUUACAGAGGCAGAAGGCAAGGCUAGAUGGAAAACAAACCAAGCUUUGGAGGAACAAGCUAUGGCUUCUUUGCUGGAUUAUAAGGCAACUCCUGGGUUUUUUUGAGAGUGGGGGUGGAAUGGUUAAAACAAACCAUAGCUUAGUGUCAUGUGUGACUGCAGCUGCUGUGAGAUUUGCCUCUUCCAAGCACACCCUCUGUUCCUUUAUGCACAGAGGCAGCCUUCCUAGUGACCUCCAUAAAUUUUGAACCUCGACCAGCAUGGCCUAUGGCCAGCAAGGAAAGAAGCUGUAGUCUAAAACAUUUGGAGGGGAAGGCUGUAAUAGCAGGGGAUUGUGUUACAGUUGGGGUUGACUCUUGAUUAACACAAAGACGCUUAAUGCAGGGAGGAGAGCUGUGGUCGGUUAUGAAGAUGGGACCGUGCGCAUCUGGGAUCUGAAGCAGGGCAGCUCGCUGCACGUCCUCAAAGGUACCAAAGGUUCUGUUCGGUUGCCUGUUUCCAUUUAUUUGCUGUCAGGAAGCUGGAGCAAGGGGAGGUGUUGCUCAGAAACCUCUUUCAGAGUUCUAGCUUUGCACGGGAACUGUAAAGGCAGGAAAGAACCUGAGGAGGGGGAGGAAUAUGGACGGCUUUCAAUAAACAUGGAAUCCCAAGGCCUAAACAAAAACAAUAAAACCCUGCUUUCACUGUGCAGCCUCUGCAGGGUUUCCUCUCUUUGUACCUUGGCAUAUUGGCAUCCUCUGCUUGGGGGAAUGUAAUGAUGGUCGCCAACUUAGUUGCCCUUAAACGGGAAUAAGACGAAUACAUGAGGCUAUAGCUCUUAGUCACGAUUGCUGCAUGCAUUGGAUGCAGUAUGCCUCUGAAUACCAGUUACUGGGGAAUAGUAUUGGGAGAGGCCGUUGUGUUGUCCUUGUGAGCUUAACCAGGGCAAAGGUCAUGGGGGGGGGGGGUUCCCUGUGAUUCUGCCUGCUUUUUCCUACCUCCUUGUGGGCUUCCCAGAGGCAUCUGGUUGGUCACUGUGGAUGUUGGAGGGCUUUGGUCUGAUCCAGCAGGAAUCCACUUGCCUUUCUAUGAGAAUCAGUUAAACUACAACAAAGACUGAGAUGGAUUGCUUUGAAAAGUAGCAACAGACCUUCAUCAGUCACUGGGUUGGGACAGAGGAGAGAGGUGUGUUGGUCAACCUUGUGAAAUUGCAUCACCCAAGGGCCUCUGAGCCACUUCUGCUCGCAGAUAACAGGGUGUUAUUAUGAGUCAAGGCAAAGGCCACAAGCCUCUCUAAUGGUUUUCAUUUUCUUAUAUGAAAAGUCAUAGUCUUUUUGUUAUUUUCUCUUGUGGCUGUAAUGUGCUUCAGAAUUGGCAAAUCCAAAAAUAAAAAUGGUGAGCCAAGACACAAGCAACUAUUUAGGGCAAUGAAGGAGGUGGAAGGUCUUAGCACACACCUAUGCAUCCUUUGACGUGUGAUCUUUGCUCUCUCACCAUUUCUAGGUCAGGACGGGCACCAGGGCCCGUUGACGUGCGUGGCCAGCAAUAAGGAUGGCAGCCUAGUCCUGACAGGCUCUGUUGACUGCCAUGCCAAGCUAGUGAGCUCUGCAACAGGCAAGGUGGGUGCCUUCUCCCCCUCCAUGCUGGAAUGAAUAUACAUGGGAACUUCCUUAGCCCACAGGGUGUGAGAGUGAGAAACUGUGCUUGUUGCGGCAAAAUCUUGUAUUGCCCAUUUGGAUAGAAGUUGCAUUUUUACUCCACCCUUCUUCCAAGGAGCUCAGGAGUUCUGUCCCCUUUCUUCUUUCACUGUCACAGCAACCCUGCGAAGUAGGUUGGGUGGAAAGUGACCUGGGUCUCCCUGCUCCUAGUCCAGAUUUUACACCAGGGUGGAUAAAAAUCAAUGAUUUUUUAAAAUUUAAAUUGGAUGUUGUUGAUUUUAAUCAAUUUUUUAAAUUUAAAUUGGAUUUUUAAAAUAAAAUGCUUUUGGAGGAAAACAUCUUUCUAAAGAUAGUUUUCUAUUUAAGUUACUUUAUAGUCCAAAGGCCAUCUGGAAAUAAGGAUUUGUUUUAAGUUUUUCAUGUGUGUUGAAACUCAAAGGUGUUUUUUUUCCAGUUUAACCACACCAGUUAACAAGCAUGGAUACAUAUACUAUAAUGUUAUUGUUUUAGUUAAAUAAAUUGUUUAAAUUGUUGUUAAGGAAAUGAUCAUUCUUCUUCUUCCAAUAAAGUACAGCAGAAAAGUUGUCCAUAUAUAAACAGUUAACUUAUUAAACCUCACAAUAAUUUCAUAAUUAUUUGUCUAUGUCAGGCAUAGGCAAACUCUGGCCCUCCAGAUGUUUGGGACUACAAUUCCCAUCAUCCCUAGCUAACAGGACCAGUGGUCAGGGAUGAUAGGAAUUGUAGCCCCAAACAUCUGGAGGGCCGGAGUUUGCCUGUGUCUGGUUUAUGUAUUUCUGAUAGUAUAACCAAAUCAGUAAUUUUUGAUAUACCGUAUUUUUCGCCCCAUAGGGCAGACUGGCCCAUAGGACGCACCUGGUUUUUUUUGGGGGGGGGAAAUAAAGAAAAAUAUUUCCCCCAGGCGCGGGGCUGGGGCGGGGGAAGCCUGAGCUUCCCCCGACCCCAGCCCCCAGAACAGGCAGCUCUCCGCAAGCCUUGGGAGACCGGCGCGACUUCCCGCCGGGCUCCCACGCUUUGCGGAUAUCUGCCUGAAGCCCAAACCAGGUCGGGGAACAGCAGGAUGGUGGCGCUCCGCCUCCCCGCUGUCCCCCAGCUUGUGGGGCUGGCGGCAGGGAGAAGCGCGCUUCUCCCCACCGCCAGCCUCCAAACCAGGUCAGGGGACUGAAGCCCAGAGCGCGGUGUGCAGCGCGCCCCAGGCUUUGAGAUGCAGGCUGCUAUCCGCAAGCCUAGGGAGCCCGACAGGAACUCCCGCGGACUCCCAAGGCUUGCGGAUAGCUUCCUGAAGCCUGGAGAGUGAGAGGGGUCAGUGCGCACCGACCCCUCUCGCUCCCCAGGCUUCAGCGAAAGCCUGCAUUCGCCCCAUAGGACGCACACACAUUUCCCCUUCAUUUUUGGAGGGGAAAAAGUGCGUCCUAUAGGGCGAAAAAUACGGUAACUGUAAAAACUACUCUGAAAAUUUAUUAUUCCAAAAAUGAAACCUUCAACUCAUUGUAAAUAUUAAGAUUAUACCAGCAGGAAUGCCUUUCUGUAAAAAGAAGAAGAUUUAAACCAAGUCUUACUGACUAGUGAUUUAAAUCGUGAUUUAAAUUGAUUUGAUUUAAAUCAAAUCCACCCUGACUCUUAACUUGUCUAGUAUCAGAGAGUUAAACUACUGUAUGCAGUAACCCCUGUAAACAGGGAGCUUUCUUCUACCAUGCCUUGUGCAUCUGGCUCUUUUUCAUGUCUUGUGUUAUCUGUGCAUACAUCUAUGGGGCAGUUGUAGCUCUUGUAGGGGAUGGUCAGGGUUUUGCAAUGUCACUCUGCCACCGCUGCCACCACACAGAGAGGGGAGCCAGGCUCUAGUGAGUGCGAUGGGCCUGUGACUUCCUCUGAAGCCAAGCUAAAACUGAAGGGAGUGAGGCCCAGGAUUUGUUGCCACUCUCUAUCUGCUCUGCAUCUCCAGCUUGGAGCAGGAAGAAAGAGGUGAAUACACAUCACCUUGCCUCCACAUCUAACAGGCACCCCAAGCUCAGAAUGCCUUUACCCUCUCUUCUUCGCCUCUGAAGGUUGCCGGGGCGGUUUCACUUUCCCCUCACCAGCUCUAAGCAGAUGUGUUGGGUUCUUCCCCCAUUGCAGGAACAUUGUGAGAUGUUGGGGACAUUGAAAUAACAACAACAACAAUAAUAAUAAUAAUUCUUCUUAUUUAUUAUUCUGGUUGGCCAGUGAGGAUGCUGUGGUGACGGCUGGUUUUCCAGGUGUCUCCUGUGGUGUUUUGAGCUAAGUUUGUAGGCUCUUUACAUUUUGUUGUAUCUUGCCCAUGAGUAGUAUAUAUCAGGGAUGUCCAACAGGUCGAUCGGGAUCGAUUGGUCGAUCCCCAGGAGGUUGCAGUCGAUCGUGGGCUCAUUUUCCUUUGCCUUUGCGCUGGUGAGCCAGUGUGGUGUAGUGGUUAGGAGUGGUGGACUCGUAAUCUGGGGAACUGGGUUCGCGUCUCCGCUCCUCCACAUGCAUCUGCUGGGUGACCUUGGGCUAGUCACACUUCUUUGAAGUCUCUCAGCCCCACUCACCUCACAGAGUGUUUGUUGUGGGGGAGGAAGGGAAAGGAGAAUGUUAGCCGCUUUGAGACUCCUUCAGGUAGUGAUAAAGCGGGAUAUCAAAUCCAAACUCUUCUAAGAGCACCUGGCCCCGCCCCCUCUCCCCUGCCUAGAUUUUCCUGAUAUCUGUAACAGAAGACGGAGUUCUUGCUGUCGGAGAUUUUCGUUCUGAAAGUAAAUCGCAGUCCCUUGGGAGUUGGCCACCCCUCAUUAUCUUAUCAUUGGCUGUUUCUUUCCUGCAGGUUGUGUCUGUUUUCAAGGAAAAGGCCAUUGUCCCCAAGUCUUCUGCUGAGGAGGCUGAAUCCAACUCAGUUGAAUCUCUGGGCUUCUGCAAUGUGUGAGUAUUGCCUUCUGGGUUGUGGGAACUGCCCGGAACUGAAAUAAGUGAAACAUUUCCAUCAGGGACGGGGAACCUGCAGCCCUGCUCGAUUUUGUUCCCACAAGUCUCGGCCAGUGGUCAGGAGUGAUAAGUGUUGUAGUCCAACAAUGUCUUGAGGACCACAAGUUCCCCAUCCCUGGUUUGCAUGAACAGAAUGGAAGGGGACAACUGCCUGCAACAUAAUGUAGAGCAGCCUUUGCUAACUCAUUGCCCUACAGGUGUUAUGGACUAUUAUAAUCAGCCCAACCACUAUGAUAGUGCUUGUUGAGGCUUAUGGGAGUUCCAGUUUAAAGUACCUGGAGGGCACCAGAUUGGCAAAGUCUGAUCUAGUAUAAGAUCAAUAUGGGCUAGAUACCACUGUAUCAUGAAAUCUAAAUUGUUUAUUUUACAUGGCAUUUUCUUCCCCCACCCUUUGAAUGCAUACGCAUCCUUUGGGACUGCUUACAACAAUUAAACAGCAAUAUCAUGAAACCACUAUACAGUAGUACCUCAGGUUAAGUACUUAAUUCGUUCCAGAGGUCUGUUCUUAACCUGAAGCACCACUUUAGCUAAUGGGGCCUCCUGCUGCUGCCGCGCCACCGGAGCCCGAUUUCUGUUCUCAUCCUAAAGCAAAGUUCUUAACCCAAGGUACUAUUUCUGGGUUAGCGGAGUCUGUAACCUGAAGCAUAUGUAGCCCGAGGUACCACUGUAUCAAGUAAAAUUACGUUGGGAAAGAGGCAGACUAUUUCGAAAACAAACUUCAGAUGGAAGCGUCUUCCCAAAAAGGCAAAGGCCUGCCCAGGGUAGUUGGGAUGGUUGAGUCUUUGAAGCCUACUGGCUUCUGAGAUUUCACCAGGCAUUGCCCACAUGCUUUCAAGGCUAUCCUCUGCCAGAAGGACUGAAAAAAAUAAAGGAGAUUUGUUUUAAAAAAUUAAACGGGGUUCAUAGGGAGGCCUCUCAGGAUCAGUUUCUACCCUCAUGCACUACAAUUACAGGAUACACACAAUUCUUGAGAAUAUUUGUGAGCAUUUCUGCCAAAGUCAAGUGCUAUUUUGUGGAACCCAUUUAAGGGGAAAGCUAUCGCCUAAUUCCAAAAAGACCCUGCCUUCAUAGGCAGCUCCUGCAUUGCUCCUUUUCUGAAGGAGCAAGAGCCAGCCUGGUGACUCCUGAAUGACUGCCCUUCCUGCAGGGAGGUUUGGACUCUGCUGGGAGGAGAUCACACACUGUUUUUUGUUGGAUGGGCUUAUUUAUUUAUUAAAGCACAUUGCCUACUUUUCCACAAAAAGUUGCACCCAGAAGCCUCCCAUUUUUUUAAAAAAGCUCCUUUUUCUCUGGCUUUGUUGUCAUGCAGGAUGCCGCUGGCUGCUGUUGGCUACUUGGACGGGACCUUGGCCAUUUAUGACGUCGCCACACAGACCCUGAGACACAACUGCCAGCAUGAGGUAGUGGAGAAGACCCUUCUGGGAAUUGCUGGGGGGCUUUGGGAAGAGCUGCUGUUGGCAGGAGGAAGCAGUUCAAUCCAGGAGGAAUGCAGCAAUAGCCAAGGGCUUCACAAGGACUUCACAGAAGUCCUGGGUCCUGGCCUCUGCCUUGCAGCCCUGCUGCUGACAGGAGCUUCAGACAGGUCCCUAGUGCCUCGGGUAGAAGUGGCCCUGCACAUGUUGUUGGGACCGCAACUCCAUCAUCCCCGGGCAACAUCACCAGUGGUCAGGGAUGAUGAGUGUUGGAGUCCAACAACAUCGUGAGAGCCACAGGCUCCCUUUCUUUGCUGCAGCAGGAAACUUUCCUGAGCCAAAGCCCCUACAUGCAAACAGCACCCAAAAACUCUAUUAUGGGUGAACACAUAAUGGAGGGAAGGGUCAUAUUUUCUAAGCUCUCCUUUAAUUCAUUCUUUCUCUUCUCCUGGUUGAGCGGUCUUCUUUCCUGGGAAGCUUACUCUGCUGUGACAGGUUGAUUGCAACAUGCACUGAGUUUGUAGUCCAGGCUUGGUGUCCAACCACCUCUGAUUUAGGUAGUGAGUAGAGUUUGUUUCAUUCAACAUUUCAGGGUGAGAAGACCUUAGGCGGGCGAAGGAUCUUUCUUCUUCUUCUUCUUCCUAAUAUACUGCCCUAUACCUGGAGGUAUCAGGGUGGUUCACAGAACAAAAUCAAAAUACAAAACCACCAAAUACAUAAACAAAAUAAAAACAACAACCCAAUAACACCCCCCCCCAAAGAAAACCCCACAUUUUAAAAGGUCAUAGGAUGUCAAUCAAGUCAACAAAAGGCCUGGUUUAAAAUGCUAAGCGGGUCGGAAUGCUGGUGACUAAUAGGACCCUUUCCUUCUGUAUUUUCAGUCGGGGAUUGUGCAGCUCCUGUGGGAAGAGAGUUCCCCCGUGGUCUACACCUGCACCCUGGGUGGGGCUGUGUGCCUCUGGGACGCCCGCUCAGGCAAGCUGAUCAGCGAGUACCGGGGCCACUCAGCGGAAAUCCUGGACUUUGCUUUGAACAAGUGAGUUCCUGGAGCAAGAGCCCUUGGGGAGGUGCUGGGUGCUGUGUGGAGGAGUGCAGAGGGAAGCACAGAAAGCAAGCAUUGGAAGGCAAGGAUAUACGGAACAGUAUACAUUAAGCUAUGGCUUGUUUUUGUGUGGGUGUGAGUAGGGUUCCUGGGGAAGGAAAUACAUCUUGUCUUCUUAAGGCUCUUUUCCUCCCAGCUCCCUUCAGAGUUGUCCUUUUCAUUUGGAGGGAGGGCUCCAUCUGUGGUUCUUGCAGAGAGCGGUGCACGUACACUAAAAUGGAAAUAUGUGGUUUGGCACAGAGAAGAAUGGACUUGGAAAAAGGGUUCAUCCCUUGGGCACUUUGGCUUUCCCUGCCUUCCUUUGUUAUAUGUAAAACGGGACUUGCUGAUAUCUGCCCCACCCAGGAGUUGCGAAGGGAAGUGAAAUAACUAUUCUAGUUGGUUUUUGCUUGCUUGCUGGGGAUUAAGCCUCAUUGAGGUGAACAGGACUUGCUCCUGAGUAAAACCAGGGGAGGCUUGGGCCAUUGAAACUUGCACUGACAUUGAUUAGUAAUUGUUGGGGGUAAACCUUUUUCUCUUCUUGUUGCCUCUUUCUUGCAGAGACGCUUCCAUUGUGGUUACCACUUCUGGCGACCACCAGGCCAAGGUCUUCUGUGUGCAGCGCCCUGACCGCUAACAGGGCUCCUCUCGAGCAGUGAUUGGCACUGUGAAGAAGCAGCCCCGUGUGGAUGCAAGUGGCCACACCAGUGGGACUGUGGUGGGGUGGGCAGGGUGGUUAUCAUCCCGCCUAAGAGGGCAUCUAAUGUUUUUGGGAAGGGAAAGCUUUGCCACCCUAUCCCCCGACUGUCCGAGGGCUAAUUUUUUGGAGUUUUGGAUGAGAAGCUUUUAAUUAUUCCCCCUGCCUAGUACUCUGAAGAGCUACAAAGUUGUGCAAACACACUGUGUCUGGUCUGGGGGAUAGAUCAUCUGCAUGACUGUGGUGGGAGAGGUGUGCCAUGCCUUUUUCUGCAUUUUUUCUGGUAUGGCUCCCCCUUGUAUAACUUGCAAAGGAGUGUGUAAAAACCCUGCUAAUCAAAGGCAUUGGCUUCCAUCCGUUUCUGCAUAAGCUGGGACAGGUGGAUGGCUUCGCAACUUCUGAAAUGACAGGGAAGUAUGUCCUCCCACCUCCCCCGUUUGAAACCUUUGCCCUUGGUUUGGGUGAGCAAAUCGUGUGGCUUGGCAGGGAGGGAUCGGCUUUAGCGAGAGUUCUGACGCUCACACAUUGUCUUGGAAACAUCAUCUUAUGGUUGGUUGAAUAGAUCAGCCUGGGAGUUGGGCAGUGGAUCUCUCCAGCAACAAAUACACAAUUUGUUCAAACGAUCCCUCUGGCCUCUUCUAUAUCAGAUGACAUCGUGAUGCAAUAAAAAAGAACAAAUGAAAAAGAAAGGCUAUCAUUUUCGCAAGGACUUUGUUUGGGGACCUAUUUGUUCAUGGCCAAACAGUGAGUUGGUUGACUGUUGUCUACUCCCAAACCAAUGGUCAUUAAAUAAAAUAAAAAUGUGUGCUUAUGUUCCUGAAAAACUGGAAAGAGGGAAUGAAUGAACACACAGAAGCACCCCUUGCUCCUCCACCAGCCCGUUUCCCUGGUCUCAGCAAAGAGAGCUGAGUUGGGGGUUCUGUUGGGAAGUGCUCAGUGGUUCCUAGGCUUACUUUGUAACCUCUACUGCAUAACAGAUCUGACCCCAGUAUCAGCCAGAUGCGUGCAAAUAGAGCACAACUGUUCUAGACAUCUUAUUUUUUGAGGUAUCAUACGCUGUGAUGACCUUGGUAGGAGUUGGGGGCUCCCUCUCUCCCAGGGCUAGCGCAGUGUCAGAAGAGGGGGAGGGUGGGGAAGAAGAAUGCUCCAUCGCACGCUGUGUUUUUGCCAGCUAGUCAUUGAAAGUGCUGCCCUGCGCUGAGGGAGGCGGGAACAGAAAAUGUUUGUGAGAGGGGAUGCGGUGUCUCUUAUGAGAAACGGUAGCAGGAGGAAGUUCAUGGGGUGCAGUUUUCGCUGCCUGUGCUAACACUGCCUGCCCCACAGCCACUAACAGCUCAAGAGGCUUCUUUGAAGUCAGUCUUUGCCAAUCAUGAGCCUUUGGAAGAUUGUCACCAGAAUGUUCUCCGCUUCCCAGAGUUGCUGCUCAUUUUGUGUGUGUAUUGUCGCCAUAAAAGUCUUGUUCAGAGGACCUGCUGGAGGGUCCUAUGUAGAAGGUGAACAUAGAAAGCUAUCUUAUACUGCAGCAGACUGUUGAUUGAUCUAGCUCUGAAUUGUCUCUGUAGCUACUGAUUAAAUAAAGUGCAACUGGAGCUGGAAAGACAUGCUAGUAUUUUGAACAAAAUGUCAAGUAUCUGUUUAGGAUAUCCUGGGACAGAUGGAUUAGCCUGUCCCACCAGUAGGAGGCAAUUGGUUUCUAAUUUGAGUGCUAUGGAGGUGUCCCUUGUGUUUAGAAGUGGACUGAGAAAUAGGUGUGACAUCCUCUUGCACCUUUGCGCUUGUGAAACUGCUUUUGAUCCAUCAGGCACAUCUGAUAACUUAAGAAAAGGAGAUGUGGCUUUUGGUCGUUUCUCACUGCAGUCCCAAAGACCCCCCUGUUACAGUGGUGGUGGUGGGGACCCUCCAAAAUGGUUUGCAGGGGGGUGGGCUGCAGGGGAAGAGGGGGAAAAUGGAUUCUCCUUUACUUCAGUGGAUGUCUUCACCGAAUUAAAAGCUAAUCUGUGAGCAGAAUGGUGGCAUGGUUGGAUUUCAAAGCAUGUGAUCUCCAGCAAGGAAUCCUGGGAACUGUGGUUUGUUAAGGGUGCUGGAUAUGGUAGCUCUGUGAGAAGGAAACUCUAGUUACCAGGAUUGUUUGGGGGAAGUUGUAUACUUCAGAUGUCCGUUGAAUAUGCUUUAAAAUGUAUAGUGUGGAUCUGCCCUGUGUAUGUGUGUACAGGUGGUGGUGAGAAUUCAACAAUCAACUAUUGAAAAAAGUAUAGAAAAUGACUUUUUGUAAUUGGGUUGCAUCACCUGCCGUGGUUCUUUUUAAUUUUUUAUGCAUGCACGUUUUAGCACUGCUGCUUAGAACAGUCAUAAAGAGGCAAAGCCUGCUGCGUAGGCAACCACCCAACAACACUUCUUUUCUUUCCAUGCAAAUAUGUUUUGUAUGUAUAGCAAUGCCUUUAAUCAUGAUUGGUUUGUCUGGCAAAUUUUGAAAUUUGCUUGUUCACAAAGCAAGGUUUUCAUUUUGUUUACCAAAUCCUCAGAAACUUUUGUUCCCCCAGCAGUCAGGCUAGCAUCAUUUGCUUUUGUGUAAUGUCUGUGUUUCCAUGGAGCAUUGUCCUGUACUAGGAUUAAACAUGAAGAGCCACACCAUUGCUCUGUACGUUUUCUUAAAAGUUCAAGCCAGCUUCAGCAACGAACCCAUCCACACAGUGACUGCCGUUCUGCACCUCCUGGUCUGAGGAAUGCAGACCAUGAGCUCUCAAUAUUCUUGACUUAAAUCAGCCUUGUCAACAAGCCCACAAAAGUUGCAGAAAUGUUUAUUAGCCAGCUGGGGCUGUCAGAAAAGAGGCUCCUGUUCCCAUUGCAGCUGGUCCAGUGCAUGGCAGAGAGGGGUGGGCUUCCCUCUGCUGGCACCCUACUUGGUUUCUAAGGUGAUCUGAGGAAGGAAGAUGUUCUCUGUCCUCCCCCUCCCCCCAGUAGUAGGGAUUGUUGAAUUUUUCAACUUUCAAAUUCCAAAAGUGAGGAAUUUGCUAAAAUGUUGCAACGUAACUUGGGAAUUCCAAAGAUAUUUUGGUUAAAUUAAUAUAAUUUAGUUUUGCUUAAUACAUAAAAUGUGUAAAAUUGCAUAGAAAUCAUUAGAAAUGAUUGCCAAGUACUUGUAAGUUUUAUAUAAAUAUUAUUGUUGUUGUUAUUAUUUAGCAUUACCUGACAUUUUCAAAAGGUAAAAUUAAAAUUCUUUGCUUUUCUGAGGGC